AUGACAACAUCCAAUCCAUUUGUUGAACGUUAUAUUGGGGAUGGAGCAAUGGGGCAAGUGUAUGAACUGAUUGGACACAAACCCCCUGCUGUGAUCAAAUAUAUGUUUUGUGGAAAUGAUGCACAAUUGGAGAUCUUCAAAAAUGAAUGUGAAGCUUUGAAGAAGAUCUAUCAUAUAAAUGUUGUCCGAUUGUAUCGAUAUACAGAAGAAGGAAUAAAAGUGGGAAUUGUAAUGGAGUAUUGUCAGAAGGGACCACUCAAGGGAGUGAUUCUUGAUCCAACAAUUACAUAUUCAAUGAACACUGUUCUCACCUGGGGAAUCCAAUUAUUUGAUGCCAUUGAUCACAUGUAUCAGAAACACCAAUUGGUACAUCGAGAUAUCAAACCAGACAACAUUUUUGUGACCAAUGAAUACCAGCUGAAGAUUGGCGACUUUGGAUUGGUAAAAGUAGUGGGGGAUGGAACUGUUACGGGGACGUUUGGAAUUGGAACACAACGAUAUAUGAGUCCACCUGAAAUGAAAGAGGAUGGGGCACAACGGGAUGUUUAUGAACAAAUAGAGAAGGCUGACGUAUCGAAUUCCCAUCGAAAUGAUGUCUACAGUCUGGGACUUGUUAUGUGGGAAAUCAUCGAAAGGAGAACAAUUUUCACAAACUAUGAGGUAUCUGGAAUGUUUUUUGAUCGUGACCAAUUAUUGUUUGAUAUAGCACUCAAACGUGUUACUGAAAUCGAAUCACCUGAAUGUCAAUCAGAAGUUCAAGAAAUCAUCUUGGGAUGUACUAAUUUUCAACGUAUUCAUCGUCCAAAAGCUGCUGAAGUCUUGGAUUUCCUCAAACAAACACAGAAAGCAAAUGAAUUCAUCUCUUCACUCCCUUUCAUGCCCACAGAAGAUAAAAACCAAAAAGAAUUGAAGAAACCAAUUGGAUUUGAUGACAGAACAGAAGGGGUUAUGGUUGAAUCUGAGGAAAGGAAAUAUGAAAAGAGAUUCGAGGCAGGGUCAAAGCUCAAGGAGAGGGUCUAUGCUUUGAUCAAGAUGGAAUGGACGACACCCCACAUUCGUUUGAUUGAUUAUCAAGGCAAUCCAAGAACAGAAUGGCUUAAGUUUGGGGCCGUGGCCGAA